AUGACUUCUAAUGAAAUGGUAAAUUAACUAAACAAACUACUUCUAUAAUCCAAAAUUUCAAAUUCUAAUUAAAAAGUGAGACCAUUCUAAAGAAACUCACUUGUAAAUUAACAAAACAUUCAACCUUAAUCCAACUAAGCCUUUAUUUUAAACAAUUAAAAAAUAAAAACCCGACUAUCUUCAAAGAAAGACAGUAACUCUGAAAUUGCUAAAUCUGGUACUAAAAAUAAUCUUAAGUAUUUUAUGAUUAAUGGGAAAGAUAGGGAAAAAAUGUUUAUUGAUGGAAAAUCUAAUGAAUUUGAAGAAAAUAAAGAAAACAUAUAGAAAAUAUAAUAAGAAUCCCCUUAAAAUAUGAAUGUUUUAAUAUAACAUAAUUGUUAGUCAAGUUAAAAAGUUGAGGCCUUCAAAUAAUUAAUCAAUUAAAUUCACUGCAAAAACAAAGGAAGAUGA